AGACCAUCCCAGACCCAGAACCAGCACGGGGCGAAUUCCUUGCCAUGGAUAGCCCUUGGGAGCGCUUGCGGGACGGAGGGGCUGCCGAACGCCAGGACCGUGCUUUGGUCCUUGCAGCGGUGGCGGAUGAGGGGAUUGCUCUACAGUUUGCGGCCUGCGAGCUACAGGAUGACCGAGAGGUGGUCCUCGCCGCCAUUGAGCAGGACCCGGAUGCCCUCCAAUAUGCCUCCAAGACCUUGCGGGGCUGCCGAGAGGUGGUCGCAGCUGCCGUGUCACGUGCAGGUGAGACCUUGCAGUUUGCAGAACCAAAUCUCUGGGAGGACCGGGAGCUCCUUUGGUCGGCAGUCUCUGCGGAUGGACGCUUGCUGCGACUGGCGCAGUCGCAAGACAAGGAGCUAGUGCUGACAGCAGUGCGACAGGAUGCAGAUGCAUUUGGGUUUGCCUUUGCCGAGUGGAGAGGAGACAAGGAGGUGGUGAUGUCUUCAGUGAGGACCAGUGGGGAGAACCUCAAGCUGGCCAGUGAGGAGCUUCAAGACGAUGCAGAAGUGGUGAUGGCGGCCAUCAAGUUCGACGGCCUGGCUCUGCAGUUUGCUUCGCCACGGCUCCGCGAGGACCGAGACAUUGUCCUGCUUGCCGUGCAGCAACAUGGCUGUGCUUUGGAGUUUGCCAGCGAGGAACUUCGGUGUGACCGGCAGGUGGUGCGGGAGGCGGUGAACCGAACUCCACGCUCCUUGAUGUUGGCGCUGGGUGAAAGGACUGGAAGAUCCCCCGGAAGACCGAGAUCAGCUUUUCAUCUCUGGAGGUGGUUUGGCCGAGGAUGAAGAGCUAGAGUCCUUUGCACGGGAUGUACGAUGCAGAAUCCAAGAAACCGGUAAAUAAAUGUAC